GCGUCAUCGGACACGGCCGCAAAUAAAUCGCCGACGGAACGCGACUAUUUGCCUUCAUGUACUUCGCACAAUACCAAUAAGCAGUGGACGAUGAUGAAGCUCGGUGCUACCAGGAUCUGCACCAGUGUCAGAUCUGUCAACGCCAGAGCCGGGCCCUCGCAUUAUCGUCUAAUCUGCCCAACCCGGAGCUUCCAUUCCAGCACCUUGCGCUCGGAAGCGCAACUGGAUCCCCGCCUGGAAGACCUGGGAAAAGUUAUCCGUGAUGAAUAUGCAGUGGUGCGGGAUAGUUAUGAUGCCCCCAAGAAUCCUGUUGUUCUGGCGCAUGGCCUCUUCGGGUUCGAUACGUUGCGCCUGGCCGGACGGUAUCUCCCUGGUGUCCAGUACUGGCGUGGGAUUACGGAGGCCCUGUCAAUGAAAGGGGUCGAGGUCAUUACCGCGACGGUCCCCCGUCAGGCUCUAUUGAGAUGCGCGCCGAGGAGCUGGCGAAAGACAUCGCUGUUGGUGCGCGGGGGAAGAGUGUUAAUAUUAUUGCUCAUAGCAUGUGGACUGGAUUCCCGGUACAUGAUCAGUCGCUUGAAGCCUACAGAUUUCAAGGUGUUAUCCUUGACGACGAUAGCGACUCCCCACAGAGGAUCCUCGAUUGCGGAUUAUGCAUUCAGCCAAAUUGGAGGCGAUCGCUUAGCCCAGAUGUACUACGCCCUGGAGCAACUGAAAGUCGAGACUGGGGCAUUUUCCCAGCUGACGCGCGAGUACAUGGAGAAUACGUUCAACCCCGCUACCCCUGACAUUGAGGAUGUGCGGUAUUUUUCCUACGGGGCGGCUAUGCAGCCGAAACUGUGGUCCGUCUUCCGCCUGUCCCACCGCAUCCUUCAGCAGAUCGAGGGCUACAAUGACGGGCUUGUCAGCGUGGCUAGUAGCCGGUGGGGAGGACCGCACGGCUACAAGGGCACGUUGGUCGACGUCAGCCACCUGGACCUGAUCAACUGGACCAACCGGUUGAAGUGGUUGGUUGGGGAGAUCACAGGCAACCGACGAAGAUUCAAUGCUAUUGCGUUCUAUCUUGACAUAGCUGGUAUGUUGAAAGAGGUAAUAUGUAUCGUGCAAAUGACGAUGUGGCUGACAACUCGUGUCUCAGACAUGCUUGCCAAGGAAGGGCUGUGAAGGGAGAACUAUUGGGAGAAUUGGGGAGAAACUCUGAUGCCUAUAUGCGAGGUCUGCAUUGGAAGCUUGGCCGCGCCCAACUCGUUGCGGAGAGACGGUAAUGGGCAGUGGAUGCGAUGCCCCAUCCGUGAUGGUCCACCUCUUUCGGGCUAUAUGCUGCUUUGGUCUGGAUCGAUCCAAGACGCCGUUUGGGGGAUACCUGAUUCCGCGCGUUACCGGGGUUGUGAUAAGAGGGUGGCGGUGCAAACCGGAUCCCCGUAGAAAUUCUAUGGGUCCUAAUCAGAACAAGCC